AUGAUUACCUUUUUCGAAAAAUUGUCCACUUUUUGUCAUAAUCUCACUCCUACUGAAUGUAAAGUUAGUGUAAUAAGUUUCUUUCUUUUAGCUUUUUUACUAAUGGCCCAUAUUUGGCUAAGCUGGUUUUCUAACAACCAACAUUGUUUACGAACCAUGAGACAUCUAGAGAAGUUAAAAAUUCCAUAUGAAUUUCAGUAUGGGUGGCUAGGUGUCAAAAUUACAAUAAAAUCAAAUGUACCUAACGAUGAAGUGACGAAAAAAGUCUCACCUAUCAUUAAAGGGGAAAUAGAGGGGAAAGAGGAAAAAAAAGAGGGGAAAGGGGAAAUAGAGGGGAAAGAGGAAAAAAAAGAGGGGAAAGGGGAAAUAGAGGGGAAAGAGGAAAAAAAGAGGUUGGAAAAUGGACCGAGAAAAUAA